UAUGUAUUGCGGUAGAGGUGUAAGUUUUGUUCUUUACUAGAAAAACUAAAACUAUACAGAAGAGAUGAGUUAUACUAAUUAAAUUAAUAAAUGAUCUAUUAGAGUCAAGACUGGAGGAUAUGGCACAAGGAGGUUCUAAGCUUAAAUCUAAAGGGGGUCCUGGAAGAAUUACCAAGAAGCAAUCGAAUCCAAAAAAGGCAGCACCAAAAAUCAUUAAGGCCAAGAAGUCUGUAGCUAAAAGUUCCCAGAAAUUAUCAAAGGUUCAUCAAAGUCAGGUUAUGUCCUCAACUGAAAAGUUGAUUGCUAGUAGAGUUGGACAUUUAGAAAUCAUUAAAGGUUCCAGAAGACAGAUAGAGAAAGAGGAGAAAUUGAAAAAGAAUGCUACUAAUACUAGUACUAAUAAUAGCAGGAGUUCUACUACAACUACUGUUACUACUCCCCAAAUAGUAGAUAUUCCAUACCAAGGAGAAGCUGUAAGUUGCAUUCCCGAGCUUAUUGCCUUGGAUCCAGACUUGGUUAUCCAACAAGAGAAGAAAUCGCGUAAGUCUCGAGCUAGAAUUGAAUAA